AUGAAGGUGAAGACUCGUUUUUGUAGAUGGCACGCUGUGGCUUCUUGGACAUGGGAUGCGCACGACGACGCCUGUGGGAUUUGCCGAAUGGCGUUUGAUGGAUGCUGCCCGGAUUGCAAGAUGCCCGGCGACGAUUGCCCUCUCAUUUGGGGAGCUUGCAAUCACGCGUUCCACCUCCAUUGUAUUCUCAAGUGGGUGAACUCGCAGAGCCCCCGACCACAGUGUCCUAUGUGUCGCAGGGAGUGGAAGUAUAGAGCAUGAGAGACGAAUAAACAUGACGUCUGUGUGUUGUUUGCCAAAAGUUAUCCUUGUGCCAAAAGUUAUCCUUGUGGGAGUUGAACUUGGUGGCGAGUAUUCUCGAGUCACUCCUGCGCCACCGAAUGAGAAACCUUCAGGGUUGGGAUUCAAAACA